AUGUGGAUUUGCAAAGCUGCCUUUCUCUUUCUUUUCUUGCUCAGCUCAGUGAAAGGAGAUAUACUGGAUGACUAUUUAAGAACAGAUGGUGUUUGGAUACUUACUCGAAGUAAACAGUUUUACAAGACAAGUAACGAAAAAGAAUGUGCAGAGAAAUGUGAAGCAGAAAGAAAUUUUAAUUGCAGGGCCUUCCUAUUCACCAGGAAAAAGCUACAGUGUCUAACGCUGGCUGAAAAUACCAAAAUGGCAGUGAUGUUCAACAGCAUGGAUGCAGUUCUUUAUGAGAAGAAAAUUUACCUUCUACAAUGUAAAAGAGGGAUUGGGAAGGACUACAGAGGAAUGGAAGCAAAAACUCGAAGGGGUAUUCCAUGCCAGAAGUGGGCAGAAAAAUCACCCCAUAAACCAAAUUAUACACCUGAAAAACACCCCAAUGCAGGACUGGAUGAAAACUUCUGCAGAAAUCCUGAUGGGGAUGAAAGUGGACCCUGGUGUUACACAACAGAUCCUGCUACCAGAUUUGAUUACUGUAACAUCCCAGAGUGUGAGGACCAGGUGUUGUACAUGGGAGAAGGCUCUGCAGUGGAGUGCAUGCACUGUAAUGGUGAAGACUACCAUGGAGAAGUUUCCAGGACAGUGUCUGGGCUUGAGUGCCAGCACUGGGAUGCCCAAGAGCCACAUAGGCAUGGAUUUACCCUGAAACACUUUCCGGGGAAGGAUCUGAAGAUGAAUUACUGCCGUAAUCCUGAUGGUGAACUUCAGCCGUGGUGUUUUACUUCUAACCCCACUAAACGCUGGGAAUAUUGCAACAUUCCUCGUUGCACAACGCCCCAACCAGUCUCUGGUCUGGGCUCCCAGUGUCUUUCGGGGAAGGGAGAAGACUAUCGAGGCAGGAUAGCCAUCACUGAAUCAGGAAAUGCCUGCCAACACUGGAACACACAGUUUCCUCACAGACAUGGCUGGAUUCCUAAAAGAUAUCCCUGCAAGAGCUUAGAGGAAAACUACUGCAGAAACCCAGAUGGAGAGAAGAGGCCUUGGUGCUACACCAUCAGCAACAGUGUUCGGUGGGAAUACUGUGCAAUCCCCCACUGUGAUGGGACAGAACAAGAGACUGCUGAUGUGCCUGCGCAGGUUCCCCUGCCAGAGGAGUGCUAUCGAGGCACAGGGCAGAGCUAUCGGGGCACAACUUCCGUCACUGCAUCGGGGAAGAAAUGCCAGGCCUGGAACUCCAUGUUCCCACACAGGCAUGAAAAAACCCCAGACAAAUUCCCGAACGCGGAUCUGAGGGACAACUAUUGUAGAAACCCAGAUGGUGAUAACAGCCCAUGGUGUUUCACCACUGACCCCAGCAUGACAUGGGAGUACUGCAAUCUCAAAAGGUGUGAUGAUCACACACCAGAGCCCGCAUCGAAUGACUCCCCUGCAACGAUGGCACAAAAUGUUGGCCCGACAACCUCCACCACAUCUGAGUGCAUUAAUGGUAAUGGUAAAGAUUAUCGUGGCACAGUAGCAAAAACUGCAAGGGGCAGGACUUGUCAAGAGUGGAGUUCUCAGAAACCUCAUAGCCACAAAUAUUUCACUCCUGUGACUCACCCAACAGCAGGCCUGGAUAAAAAUUAUUGCAGGAAUCCUGAUGGAGAUGUAAAUGGUGUUUGGUGCUUCACAACAGACCCAGAAAAAAAAUGGGAGUACUGUGAAAUCCCACGCUGCUCUUCUUCUGAGCAUGACUGUGGAAAGUUCCCAGUGAUGAGUGAGAGAGCCUGUGAGCAAUAUAGCAUGUGUGAUGCAUCUCCAGGGUCUUGGCCUUGGCACAUCAGCCUCAGGACAAGUACCAGUGUGCACCAUUGUGCUGGCACUCUGAUACAUCCACAGUGGGUCCUUACUGCAGCUCGGUGCUUCCAAGAGUCAAUAGAGCCUUCUUCCUACCGGGCAUAUCUUGGGAUACAGAAUCUCAAUGCAGCAGAGCCAUCCUUGCAAAUCCGAAAUGUUCAGAAAAUACUAAAGGAACCAAGUGGAGCAGACAUUGCUUUGCUGAAAUUGAACAGUCCUGUAACAAUUACAGACCGUGUAAAACCAGUUUGUUUGCCUGAAGCCAACCUGAUGGUAGAAAGAAACACAGCAUGUUUUUUAACUGCCUGGCGAAAAACAAGAGGUGCCAAGACAGACAACAGGAUAAAAGAUGUUGAAUUCCCCGUGCUUGAAAAUAGAAUAUGUAACCUCCCUGAAUUUCUGAAUGGAAGUGUCAAAAAUCAUGAAUUCUGUGGUGGAUUUACUUUUGGAAGCAUAGGUAACUGUGAGGCUGAAGUUGGAGGACCUCUGGUUUGCCAAGAUAAGGACAGAUUUGUCCAAUAUGGAAUCACCUCUUGGGGACUGGACUGCACCCAGCCAUCAAGGCCUGUUUUUGUUCGAAUUCCUACUUUCAUUUCUUGGAUCAAGAAUGCAAUGCUUGCCCACUGA